UCUUAAAGAUAGAAUGUGUGAAAAGUGUUAAAAAUAAUGAAUAAUAGAGCUUCCACUGCCCUGCCAUCCAGCAGAAAUUACAGACACCUUUCAACAGAUGUCACAGCACCAUUUAAACAUGUUUUUAUAGACACAAGCAACAAUCAAGCUAAAUCGGCAAAAAUUGGUAGCAAUCCAGUACCUAGACCUCAUACUACAUUACCUGCUUCAAGGCGGAAUGUUCCAGAACCUCCUUCCAACUUUACUUGGGUUGAUCCUGGAUGGCUGGCUGCUUGUGCUUCCCCUACUUGCCCAAGUCAUCACAAAUUUUUAUUUGAGUGCGGUAUCCGUCAUGUUAUUUCACUGAUGAAGCAACGACCUACUAACGCCAUGGAGAGCGUGCAGCUUCCUAAGCUUAACCGGUUGAAAAUCCGCAUUGACGACUACUGUGCACCCACAUUAAACCAGAUCCGGCAGUUUAUACGAAUUGUAGAAGAUGCUAACGAUCGGAAAGAGGCUGUGGCAGUUCAUUGCGCAAAUGGCAAAGGCAUCAGCGGCACCAUGCUUGCAUGUUACUUGGUCAAAAUGAAAAGAAUAUCUGCUGUUGAUGCUUUAAAAGAAAUUAGGAGAAUGAGACCUGGUUCUGUGGAGUCAGCAGAGCAAGAAAAGGCUGUUGAACAAUUCUACCAAAGCUAUAUACGGGGGAGGUCCUAAACUAGGAAAUUUGAAAGAUUAGAAAUUUUGCACUAUGUUAGAUUUUGUAUAUUUGUUUUUGUCUUCUCUCACUGUGCCAAAACUGUGUUUUUAUAUAUUUUACUUCAUACAAA